ACCAACCCAAAAGUCUUUCAUUACCACAAGAAAGGUUUCUUUACAAAAAUUGAGAGUACAUUAUAUAUAAAGAUCAAUUUAUUAGGGCAAAGAUGAUAUGCUUAGUGGUUUCACAGUCUAGGUUUUGUGUAGUUACCAUUGUCUUCUACACUUGUGUUUGGAUCCCAUUGCUUCAACUCAAGAAAGCUCUUCUUGGGUUAGUUAGGAAUAUCAUGUUCUUCACUUGUGAGAAUGAUCAGCCAUUUUUGGAGAGUAACAGAAGCACUAGUAGCAGCCAUGUCAAUAGUGCUGUUCAGCCAUGGCUUCCAAUCUCUAGGUAUGUUGACUUGAAAUUGGGUCAAUGUGGAGAUGGGGAAUCACCAAGAAACGACGUCGUUUGUGGUCAUGAUGAGGCUGAGAAGGAUCAGGAGGAACCCUGUUCAAUCUGUUUGGUGGAGUUUGAGAAGGAAGAUGUGGUCAGUCAACUGUCCAAAUGUGGACACGUGUUCCACAUCAAGUGCAUUGAGAGGUGGCUUGAUUCAAAUCACUUCACGUGCCCACUUUGCAGAUCUUCUUUCUUGCAUGACACAAAUCCAAAUUCUCAUGCAAAAAUACCUCUUUUUUCACCACUUUCUGAUUUUAAUCCAUACACCUCUUCUUACCUUGGCUAUUCUUGGCACUGA